UUGUGAAAAUUAAUUCAAUUUUUGUGAUUAGAUUUCAUUCUUUGCGACAAUAAAUUCAAUAUUGAUUAUCGAUUCAUUCAAUUGCUAUUAUUUGGUUUACUUGUAGUCACAAGAGUUGCCGAGUGUUUGUCGAACGCCUUCUCCUACAAUGUGCUCAUCUGUUAGCACUUUGAAUGUCUUAAGUCCUGACAAUGACUUAUCCCUUACUCUGGAACCGUCAUCUGAUUCCAAAUCACAUUCAGAUAACGAUAGUAAGACAAUGGAUCCGGAAUCAAAGACAUUUCGAUAUCACCUCUGCGCCGAAAUAUGCAAAACUGAGACCAAUUAUGUGAACAUUUUGAAAGACACUCUUCUGUCACAAGAGUUGCCGAGUGUUUGUCGAACGCCUUCUCCUACAAUGUGCUCAUCUGUUAGCACUUUGAAUGUCUUAAGUCCUGACAAUGACUUAUCCCUUACUCUGGAACCGUCUUCUGAUUCGAAAUCACAUUCAGAUAACGAUACUAAGACAAUGGAUCCGGAAUCCAAGACAUUUCGAUAUCACCUCUGCGCCGAAAUAUGUAAAACUGAGACCAAUUAUGUCAACAUUUUGAAAGACACUCUUCUGUUAUGCAAAAAGCGAAGCAUUAAGCGAACCAUUGAGAGAACCAGUUCUCUGAAAGGACCCAAUAAUUACUCUUUAUGCAAAAAGCGAAGCAUUAAGCGAACCAUUGAGAGAACCAGUUCUCUGAAAGGACCCAAUAAUUACUCGAAUUUAGCGGCAAUUAAGAAGAAUUGCAAAAAGGAAUACAAACACAUCGAGACCAUUGAACUCUCUUAUAUCAAGUUCAUUCAGAAUGACGAUUCCGAGGAAUAUCGUAAUUGUUUUGCUAUAAUCACUUAUCCGUGGGGUUCGGAUCGUUCAUUCCCUACUUAUCCAUUUGAAGUGAAAAGUCCGGAAUAUAAUUUGCAAACAUUUAUGUCUCAAAUCUCGCAAACUCUUUGCCAACUAUUGCCAGACGUGUCUCAAGAGAAUUUGAUUCGAAACGAAACCAAUUCUUUUAAGCGCCUGGACUUCACGUACUCCAACACAAUCGCCCGCACCGUCAGCCGAUCCAAAUAUACCAUUCAAAGGACUAAAGAGAAGAUAAACCGAACAUUUUCGGUGAGGAGACAGGUGUUAAACCCGGCCAUGUCUUUGGAGUCUCUUUCAGUGCCCAUACAGUCGUCACUUCCACCUUCAUCUCCCUCUUCAUCGCGACGGAUAAGUCACAUAGUAAGGGAUAAGUCAUUGUCAGGACUUAAGACAUUCAAAGUGCUAACAGAUGAGCACAUUGUAGGAGAAGGCGUUCGACAAACACUCGGCAACUCUUGUGACUACAAGUAA